AUGCCUGAGUUUUCUCACCACAUAAGAGCUUCAUUUGAACCUAGUGAAACCAAAUUAUUGACGUCGACACCCACAAACAAACUAUUAACGGACUCCCCGGUUUUAGCAACUGCAUUAUCUCAGAUAUUUCCUUACAUUCUUUUAGUUGACGGUGUACUAGAAACAGUAACAUGGACAAAUGAAGAUCACUAUCGUAACUUUUUGAUAUUGACAGUGUACUCAUGUGUUGUGAUGUAUUGGAAUAUGGUGAGCCAUUUUGUGCUUCCCUUGAUUUUGGCAUUGACAUUUGCUAGUAUAGUUUGGCUGAUUAGCUCCAUUGUCUAUGAUUCCAAAUAUGACGAAAAGCCUACAAUAGAGGAGGUCUUGUAUACAUUACACAAUAUCACAAUACGAUCUGAAAUGAUCUUUAGGCCGAUCAAGAAGUUUCCAUUCACAAUUACAAAUUAUACAAGAUUAUUUGUCGUUUCAGUAUUAUUAUCACCAGUAUAUUGGCUUUUAGUGAAAACGAUUAUACCACCCCAAAAGUUUCUAUGGUAUUCGGGGUUAUUUGCGUUAACAUUCCAUAGCCCCCACGCAUAUGCAAUUAGACAGUUGCUCUGGCGAUCAAUAUAUCUCAGACUUGUUGUUGUUUACAUUACUGGAUUAGAUGUGAAGGUAACCAAGAAGUACGAUCCAAGUGAAUACCAAGAAGUGUCGAGGGUACAAACACCAGCAACAAGUGAUACCGAAAGCAAGGGUAUUGCAAUUCCCACAUUGUCUAAUUUCAGAAUCUUGAGAAAGAAAAUGGUUUCCCCAACACAAUUGAAACAAACGAUUGUUUUUGAAAUAUUGGAAAAUGAGAGACGAUGGCUUGGACUUGGAUGGUCGUCUUUGCUAUAUCCAAGUGAAAGGUCCAACUUUUGUUAUGAAAAUACACUUCAACCAGCCCCUCCUAUAACUAUCCAUAAAGAAAACUUCCCUUUUCCCAUCUUUGAAAAUGAUAUAUACUCAUAUCAAUGGGAAUGGAUUGAAGAUGAUUGGAAGUUAGACACCGAGUUUAACAAAUCCAAAUCUGAAGAUGGUUGGGUUUACUAUGACUCCAAGUGGGAACAUCCUCGAUACAGGGACGGAUUCAGCAAGUUUACGAGGGCGAGAAAAUGGACCAGAGCUGCAAUCUUGAUGAUAGAUAAGCAAGGUACUGUCUAUGAUGAGUGA